GAUCUGAAACCCAGCAAUUGCGGUCAGUAGGUCAGUUAUUACUCCGCGUAAGGCUGAAGGCAAUAGUUAACAAGUUAACUAGUAAAUUUAUGACAAAUGUUUAGAAACUUUGGCGGUGAGGGUAGCUUCGAGAACAGCCGCGACGCUUCUUUUAUCUUCGUAUAAACUCCAGACUCCACUAUCAAGAAAGGUUGCCCCGCCUAUCUAAGAUGUUGCGGAAUAUCUCAUUCAUUUUACCUCAUAGCCUCUGCUAUAGUUCCAGUCAGAGUCAUGUCUAAGGAAUCGAGCCUCUUGCGCUGGUCCUCCUCAUUCACAGUCACUGCGCCCGGUCGUACGCCUAAGCUGCCCGGCGACAAAAUCACUUUGCCCCAGUCCGCCCUCGAGCAACUCCUCGCAGCUGCCCCACUCCAGGAGGUAUUUUCAAAUAGGCCUGCUCACCCAUAUACUACAGCCUUUGAUCCACUCAAUCCACGAACCUUUGCGGCUGAGUCACGAGCACGCGAACAAGCUUUAGAACGUCAGCAUCAGUUACCUCAUCCGUUAACAUUCCGUAUUGUCAACCCCAAGAAUGGCCGUGCGAUAUACGCUGGGAUCCGCGAGUUCUCCGCCGAAGAUAAUGAAGUUGGUCUUAGUGUUUUCUUGAGAGACGCCUUAGGGAUUGAAGACAACCAAUUCCCGUCGGAGACAAGUAGGUACUGGCAGACUUCGGAACCAUCGGAAGCGAUAGACGCCACUACGGAACCACUGCCUGCUUCUUUAGCCCCGGAAUUGGCUCCUAUAGUCACAGUCCAUGUUGAACAGUUGCCCAAGGGAACCUAUGUUCGUCUCCGUCCUCUUGAGGCUGGUUAUGAUCCAGAGGAUUGGAAGGCUCUGCUUGAACGAUACCUACGAGAUAACUUCACGACAUUAAGUACAGGAGAGGUCUUGCAGGUGUCGGGAGGUCGGCACGAGUCGUUUAGGUUCUUGGUGGACAAAAUUGAGCCAGACGGUGACGGCAUUUGCAUUAUUGAUACAGACUUGGAGGUAGACAUUGUGGCCUUAACUGAAGAUCAGGCAAGAGAAACCUACCAGAGGCGCCUGGAGAAGGCAUCUCGUGCCAUUGGAACCCAGGGGGACUCGUCAACUGGCGGGGUACUUUCUAUUGGAGAGAAAGUGAAUGGCCUGGUAGUUCCAGGUACAUACGUUGACUACGAAAUCCGCGAGUGGGAUCGCGGAGAGCCUAUUGUUAUCACAGUUGAAAGCGCAGAUGAUGCGGAUGUCUUCCUUUUUAUCAGCCCCCUCACCGCUCGCCAGAGGAACCGUCCUAGGGAAGACCAGCACCUUUUGGGUGACUUCACUACCCAACCAAUAAAGUGUAUUCAGAUUGAGUCCACAAAUGUAGAGCUGGAGACGGCAGAGGCUCUAUAUGUAUCGGUUUAUGCAUUCGGCAAUUUUGAAUACAGCGAGGAGCAUUCACAGAAGCAAGAGCUACCGCUGCAAUACAAGUUGCAGAUUUCAACUAGUCAUUCAGUUGGCUCCGACGGAGAUUCGAAGGAGACAUUAGCGCAUGGUAAUCCGAAUGAAAUUCAAUGUGGCAAUUGCCAACAGUGGGUGCCUCAGCAAACGCUAGUGCUACACGAGAGCUUUUGCCUUCGGAACAACGUACUUUGCCCCCAGUGCCAUAAUGUAUUCCAAAAAAGGUCGUCUGAGUGGCAGAAUCAUUGGCAUUGCCCUCAUGACUCAUCUUAUGGCAAUGAUUUUGCAAAGAAACCAAUCUUGUGUCAAUUUUGUCAUCUUGUAGUCCCCCAAAAAGGCGAGACGGAUCCCGAUAUGCACGAUCCAGAAGUCCUGGUCUCUGGACUUACUCCGCAUGAAUUAGUUGACGGUGGUCGCACAACAGAGUGUCACCUGUGUAACAAAAUUGUUCGACUGCGCGACAUGAAGACCCAUUUGCGUCAUCACGACCUGGAACGCUUGUCAAAACCCCCACCCCGUGUUUGCAUGAACCAAAAUUGUGGCCGCACACUUGAUGGGCGCAGUGUACAAAAUGCAGCCACGCCAGGGACUGACACGUUGGGCCUCUGCAGUUUUUGCUUUGGACCACUAUAUGUGGACACGUAUGACCCAGAAGGAAAGGCACUCCGCCGUCGCAUCGAGCGUCGAUACCUUUCGCAAAUGAUGACCGGGUGUGGGAAGGCCUGGUGUCAGAAUGAGUAUUGCAAGAAUGGGCGACGGAUCAGAGAGCCUUUUUCCAUACCAAAGAAUGAUACUCCGCUCGAAUCGAUGAGCGUAGCAAAUAUUCUAGCCACAAUUAAACCCUUCGUCGACGCCAUAUGUCUGCAGAGCGGUAGUCUAAACACCGCGCCUUUUUACUUUUGCGCCGACCAAGUGGGCCAGCAGCGCCGCAUACUCGCGGAGAUGAUAGCGGCCGAAGGUUCCAUGGCUAGUAGCAAAGGGUAUGAUUUACCAUGGUGUGUGGCAUCUGUUGAAGCCACGGGAGGGGAUCUCAGCAAGGCACGGGAAUGGUUAGAGAACUGGGCACCUGCGAAAGACGAGGAAGAUUAUCGAUGAUAGAUAGUUAAAAAGGUAUGGCGAGGGAAGCCCGUUCUGGUAGAUAGUUCAUCUUACGUACGUCAUUUACGCUCAGGCCGGGGCGGAAUUUCAGUAGAAAGUUAACUUUCUAUUACCUGUACCUUUUUUGAGGCCUAUUCCUAUUUUGUUGCUUUCAUCAGCCAUAAGCAAGCAGC